AUGGGAUACCUUUUUGCCAAACUCAAAUUUCAACAAAUAAAUCAUCAUCGUCAUUAUUCGUGCUAUCUGUUUGUCAUUACUGCUUUUUUAUUGCUUGGUUUUACUAAUGCUACUAAUAAUACUACUAGUAACGUUCACGAAGGAUUAUUCGAAAAUAUUAAAAAGUAUGCAAAUUAUGUAUUGGGCAUGCCUCAAGAGAUUACCGAUGAUAAUUUAACAACAACUGCAUUAAAUGAAACUGCGAAUGAUACUCAAAUUCAUAGACCAAUACCUAUCUCAAGUUUUCGAAUAUUUAUCAUGCGCAUUCUGGAAGCUUGCGCAAUACUUUUUAUGAUAUUUGGUGGUGUGAUUCCAUACAUUCCGCAGUAUUUAGUAAUAAAGCGAACAAAAAAUGCGGAAGGGUUUUCAAAUUAUGUAUGUCUUACAUUACUUGUUGCUAAUAUUAUUCGUAUUGAAUUUUGGUUUGGCAAACGUUUUGAAACUCCACUGUUGAUACAAUCAAUAGUAAUGAUAAUUUGUAUGCUGAUUAUGCUGGAAUUAUGGACACGUGUGCAUAGUCAAGCUAUGCGUGGUGAUUCAUCAUCGGACACAAGUAGUCAAAUAUCGAAUUCAAAAGAACAAUUGACAGAAGAAGUAUCUGAUAGAAGAUUUAUGGACUUUGAAGUUACUUACUUUUGGAGAUGGACAACAUUUUCGAGUUAUCUUCAAUUUUUAUUCAUUUUUACUGUAAUAUUAAGUAUUAUAACAUGGCUUUUUCGUUAUAAUUUGGUUUAUAUUGAAACCAUUGGACUAUUGGCAGUCUUCUGUGAAGCACUUCUUGGCGUACCUCAAUUCUUACGUAAUUUUCGUUUAAAGUCAACUGAAGGAAUGAGUGUUAAAAUGGUUAUUCUUUGGACAUCGGGUGAUAUUUUCAAAACUAUUUAUUUUAUCGUUCGAAAUGCUCCGAAACAAUUUUGGCUAUGUGGUAUCUUGCAAAUUAGUAUUGAUAUUGCUAUUAUUGGUCAAGUGAUUUUCUAUUCAAAACGAUGCCGAUGUUGUAAACAAUAA